CAGCUCUUAUUCAGAAGUGUCAGACAUCAGUUCUGCUGUUGUUAUAGAUGGUUCAGUCUCAAAGCUCUCUCUCACAGAUAAGAAGUCACCAUGCCUACAUUCGUCAUUGAUCAGCCUCUUCCCGUCAUGGAGUCCAAGGAGUCUGACCAGUGGAGUUCCGGAAUCUGUGACUGCACCGAUGACAUGGCAGACUGCUGUUUUGGAUGCUGGUGUUGUCCCUGCCAUGCCUGUAUACAUUCAAGGGAGUACGGACAGUGUCUUUGUCUCCCUCUGCUGGACAUCUUCGGCAUCAUCCCACCCGUCACAAUGUCCAUGAGGGUGUCCAUGCGCCAGCGCUACGGCAUCAAAGGCAACUUCUGUAACGACUGUGUGAACGCCACCUUCUGCAACUGCUGUGUCUGGUGCCAGAUGUCCAGAGAGAUGAAGAGCCGCAACAUCCCCAUUGUCUUGAUCAGUGCUAGGAACGAAUGACCAACAUGACACCAUAACCUCAAGGUUACCGUAGUCAUCACAAUACCAUAGCCAUAACCUUUUUCAGAGUGAUGUUUCUGUGUUUUAUAGGAUGUAUAUUAUUCCUACAUGCCUGAAUUGUCUGUUUGUUUGUCAAGAAGUUAUUGUAAACUGUGUAUAUUAAAACAAGAUUUUGUAUGCUUAAAAUGAUGUAUACACAUCUU